CUUUCUUUACCCACUUCGCAAUUACAGCGGUGAGGUAGCAUCACUACCGACACUAUCUUCCAUGUAAAGAGAGGAACUUCCCUCCUUUCCAUGUGAGAGAGAGAGAAUGUGCUAUUUUUUAAUCCGAAUAAAAGCUGAGAGCUAUGUUUCUCCCUCCUCAUCCUCCUCAUUUUGCAUUAAACUAAUGUAGGGAGGAAAGCAAACAUGGUGGAGAGAGAAGGGAUUUUGCAAAUUCCAUGAACCUUAUUUCACUCUCUCUUCCUCUCUGCGUUCGCUGUUUCUUCUUCUUCCCACGUGCUUUUUUAGCAACCAACAAUAAUACCCCGUUACGAUUUUUGAGGUACAGCUAUGGAAACAUUGACACAUAUAGACUCGGAUGUAUACCUAAGUUUGGGGCUUAAGGUCAAGGAAUUGGGAAAAGGAGUUUUGGGAACUCCACGGGUUUUAACCCUUCUUUCUUCUAUGCUUGAAAGAUCUGUUCAGAAAAAUGAGACUCUACUGGAGACUACGCGGGUCAAAGAUGCCAUUACAGAAUUUGAUGGUCUAAGAGCACCCACCGUAAGUAUUCGGCAGUAUCUUGAUCGCAUAUUCAAGUACUCUGGCUGUAGCCCAUCCUGCUUCGUUGUGGCGCACAUUUAUGUGGAUAGAUUUAUCCAAAGCACGGAUGUUUGUUUAACUUCCCUUAAUGUUCACCGGCUUCUUAUCACAAGUGUCAUGGUAGCUGCAAAGUUCAUCGAUGAUGCAUUCUUCAACAAUGCAUACUAUGCUAAAGUGGGAGGAGUAAGCACAGCAGAAUUGAACAGAUUGGAGAGGAAGUUUUUGUUUAGCGUAGAUUUCAGGCUUCAUGUAAAUGUCAACACAUUCGGUAGAUACUGUUCUCAGUUGGAAAAGGAAACUGCUGAAGGUCUUCAGAUCGAACGACCAAUCCAAGCUUGCAGAAUCAAAGAAAGUUGGACUAACAAAGAUGAUUCAACCGCUUGUGCUCCCACAAUUGCUAGAUGAAGAUUCCAAAUCAUCUCACAGUAUCAUUGUAAUCUUACAUUCAUUUAAUAUAUAUAUAUAUUCUAGAGAUGCAAUUAUAUGUCGAUCACUUCAGUUUGAACAUUAGAAAAGAUGGCAAGCUUCCUCGCUUGCUUGCAUUUUCAAACAUUGUUAUGUUGUCCCAUUUUUCUGUGUUAGGCCCUGCAAUUUCCUCAUCA